AUGGCUAAAGCUUCCAUGGAGAUAGAGGAUGGCCAAAACGAUGCAGCUAAAACAUUGGUGAACAAGGGUUAUGAUCCUGAAGUAAUCGAUAUCAUGUCUUUGAAACCGUUCGAUCUUUAUACCAUCGGGAACUCGGUGAAGAAAACUCACCAUGUUCUUAUCGUGGAAGAGUGCAUGCGGACCGGUGGUAUCGGUGCUAGCUUGACAGCUGACAUCACCGAGAAUUUUCAUGAUUAUUUGGAUGCUCCGAUUAUGUGCUUAUCUUCACAGGACGUCCCUACACCGUACGCCGGAACAUUGGAGGAAUGGACCGUCGUUCAACCUGCUCAGAUUGUGACGGCCGUCGAGCAACUCUGCAAGUAG